GAGGAACAGAAUGGGGAUGAUAAGAGGAGGAAGAAAAAGGCCGAGGGUAAUUUGGUCCAUAAAUUUUAAAAAACAUGGUGAAGGGGUAUGUAGUGGCGUGUUACGGAGAUUUGUGAAAUUGCAAUGGCAUGGUUCCAAUAUGACGAAUUAUUAUGGCAGAUUAGUGAACUCGAAAAAUUGUAAUAACAUGGAUCCAAUUAACCCAAAAAGAAACCAAUGAUGGAACAAUAAUGACUACGACUGUGGAGGAAAAUAAUAUUUUCCAGUCAAGCUAUAAGGAGAUUACAAGAUGCAAAUCAUCCACUGUUCAUGGUCGUGGGAAUAUGUCUAAGCGCCCAACAGAGAUGGCAUCGAUUGAGGCUCAAUAACAAGAACAAGCCCAUGCUACAGAAACAGCCAACCAGAAAAACAUUCAGCUACAAGAUGAGGUUGACAAGUUAAAUGAUAAACUUGCUGAUCAAAAAGCUGAAAGUGAAAGGAUAUUGGAAGAAAAAAUGCAGCAGUUUAGAGAGGAAGAGAGAAAAAAAAUUACAAGCAUUUAGGGAAGAACUCCUAGCACAGUUUGCAGGUCGUACAGAAACCCCAUUAGUUCAGACUGCUGCAAGAAGCAUUGACCAAAGUGAAGAUACACCAACAUUUGAGAAAAGUGUUCUUCCAAAUGCAAGUGAAACCCGAUCAUUUCAGACUGCUGAAAAAAGUGUCGACCCAAGUGAAGCUAUGCAAAGUGUUCAAAAUAGUGUUACUUCUACUCCCAGUAAAACCCCAUCACCUCAGACUGCCGCCAAAAGCACCAUCCCAGAAAAAGCAACACCAAAAGUACAGAAAAGUGCUGCCAAAACUCCAGCUUCUAAGGCGACACGAAGUGUUUCUCAGAACAACAAAAAAUAUAUUUCUCGGGUUCAACUUAUGAAUGCUGCUACCAAACGUGUGUGGACAAGAAGUCAAAAGGAAACUUAAACUUGAAUGAAUCACUCGGACUUGGAGUCAUGCCAUUAUCGAUACAAGGAGUUAUUAAAUAUCAAACAAUGAUUUCUAUAGCCUACUUAGGAUCUGGUUGUGUUCGCACAACACUCUUCAAAAUAAAAGUUGUUCAGUUUUUCAAGAUCUACAACUU